AUGCGCAGUCAGUUGCAGCCAAGACAUCAUGCAAGCGUGUCCGCUUCUGACAUCUCUGUUACUCUAUUAGAUCAAAUUAAUGUUAAAACCGUCAGCGAUGAGCGUGGUUGCAGCAUAACAGGACUUGCAGUAACUGACACAGAUCGACUUGCUGUCGCUGACUACUAUAACCACACCAUUACGAUUAUUGAUGUGAAGCAGAAGACAAUUGUUUCUGAGCUGAAAAUGACAUCAAGACCAUGGGACGUAACAUUGUUACCAGAUGAAGAGCUUGCAGUUACACUUCCGCAUGAAAAUUCGAUACAAAUUUUGUCAUUUUCUAAUGGUUUAUCAAAAGUCAGGCAACUGACAAUGAAUGACGCAUGCUAUAGAUUAGCUUUUAUUGAGGGAAGCAUGAUAGUUGGGAUGAGAGGUGGAAAAGUAAAGAUAGUAAAAUCAGGGAACAUUUUGAAAACCCUGGUCUUUGGUGAAGCAGAUGAUGUCAGAUAUAUUACAGUAUGUCCAAAGUUAAGAUAUAUCUAUGCUUCAUCUGGUAGGAGUGUAACUCGUUUCAAUAUGUCCGGCGGAGCUGUAAGACGAUUUAUGCCUACAUUUGAAAGCCUAAGGACGCAAGAUGGACUAGCUGUAUUGAAAGAUGGUUCUAUAUUGGUAUGUGACGUUAGUAACAGAAGCAUUCACCUGAUUUCAGAAAAUAUGAAUUUCAGCAGGAUGAUAAUGAAGGAAAAAGAUGACCAUAUGAAACCGUUCUGUAUGGCGCUUGAUUAUGAAAAGAAGAAACUGUAUAUAGGUAGCGGCACUCGAUGCAACUACCUAAAUGUGUAUAGUCUAAAAUAA